UUCAGAUCAUCAACGACAUCAAACCCCCGUUGUUCGCCAAUUCCAUCAAACACGAUGGAAUUCCGCAGAGCAGCAGACGUGCUGCUGCGCUCCCAAACCUCUCCUCUCGCCACGGCCCUUAAUCCUCGAACAGCCGUACGAUGGACAAACAAAGCUCAAUUAGACUAUAGCAGCUGUCCGAAUCGCCCAGCAUCUAGAUGCCUAGCUACCUCAUCUCGAAGAUACGCUUUAAAGAACGUCCCGACCACAACAUCCGCUCCUCUGCCCCAAACCACGACAUCCACCACCAACUCCUCAUCAACCAAUGCUCCGGCACCCAAGAGCCCCUUUGGCGGCCUGAAUGAUUCUUUAGGCUGGAUAUCAGGCAACAAAUCCCGCUCAUCGUUCCCCAUCCCUCGAGCCGGAGGCUCCUUCGAAAAGACUCUCAACGGCGGCUCCUCCGCCUCUGAUCUGUUAUCCGGCAUCAUCAACCGGAAACAGCAGCGCGCUGGCGGCGUCCAAGUUGAUCGCAUGCUGGACCCAGGCUCGAUGCUGGACCCCGACAACUUGGCCAAGCAAAUGACGUUCGAUACCGCGGAAGAGACGAUGGUUCACAGGAGCAAGCGGGUGCCGAUAAAAUUGGGGCCUAGUACGGGGCGGAGUGUCACGAUGGGUGCGGGGCUUGAUGUUGGGAGGGGCUUUAGGUUGUUGGAGCAGUCUUGUGCGAGGAAUAAGGUGAGGGCUGAUGCGAAUAAGCAGCGGUUUCACGAGAGAGGAGGACUGAAGAGGAAGAGGUUGAGGAGGGAGAGGUGGAGGAGGAAGUUUAUGGAGGGUUUCAAAGCUACUGUGGUGAGAGUGAAACAACUGAAGAAUCAGGGGUGGUAGAUGUGUGAUGGGAGCUGUGUCUACAAGAGAUGAUCUGUGUAUUUAACAGAAGAUCCGUGUAUUAUAGGACAAAGUACGUCCGUUGAAUCUCGAGGGUUCGAAUUUGGUGCUUCUUCCGCAUUCUCUAUCUGGGUAACGAAUCCCAAGUCAGCUUGCGUUGCGAAUUUGCAACAGUCUCCAUUAUGCUAUCCUCGUUCUGCCAGCCUGCCUUUUGGCUUGGACAAAUACAUCUAUCCGAUUUUCGAAUAUCGUUGAUCAACC